CAAGGGACUUCUCGGUUCACAUUUGGGACCUCAAGACCAAUCAGCCAGUUGGAGACUCACUCUUGCAUGUCAAUGAACUCUCGACUGUUGACAUAUCCCCUGAUAGAAAGUACAUUGCAAGUGCUGGAGAAGACACGAAAGUCUACAUAUGGAGCAUGGGGGUGGUGCUCAAAUAGCAGGGUGUUGAUUAUAUGGGGACGUGCAGCCUGACCAGGAGAUGCGCGUCAGUCUGUUGUGAACAACCUUAUACUUUGCUUAUUCGUCUUGUAUUCGUUCAAUUUUUGAUGCCCAUGGUCUCCAAGCAGCAGCCCAAUAACAGAGGCUUGGCAAGAUAUGGUGAUGACUUCUGGGGUAUCAAUACAAACUACACACAUCAUACAGCUCUUCCUGUGAGCUCAUCAUUUCCCCUUCAUUGGCACAGUUCGCCAGGUUCCCUGCGUUUCACCAUUCCAUCUGCAAAUGCAUCAUAAUCAAUCUUGCCACGUAAGUCCCAGCGUUGGAAUUUCAGCCUGUUUCUUGUGGGACCAUCCCGACACACUAUUGAUGUAACUC